CCAACGCGCUUGGCCUUGAGUGAGAGUGAAAAGUGGCAAGGUCGCACAGCUCCAUGGGGAAAUUACUGUUGCUCCUGCUGUUGUGGGCUCUGGAGCUCAGUCAUGGCAUUAAAGUGGAGCUGCCGCAGCUCCAGGAGGUGCUGGUGCCCAGCAACAACACCUCGAGUCCGCCCGUUUAUCGCGUGUCCCGGCCGGAGCCCAAGCAGCCGGAGAAGCGGGUGCCCACGCACCUGCAGGACAUUAUGCGACACCCAGGCUAUGUGGAUGAUGAUGCGGGAGAUGUAAUCCGCAUCAUUGAGCCGCCGCAGCACUUUCAGCAGCUGAAGCGCCUCAGGCAGCGGCAACCCCUCGGACCCGCAGUCGUCUGGGAGCAGCCCCGCAAACUGAGCAGCAAUCGUACGCCUACACAGCCACGCCCACAGCUGCCCAACGGGGAUCUGCUCACACAGGAGACGCAGCACGCGCCACAGGCCAACAAUCUGCAGAUUCCCAUGGAGAUUCUGGCUUCAGUGCGAAAAACCGAACGUCUGCUGCAUCGCCAGCGGCAGCUGGCAGCGGGAAAGCUCCCGCUGGGCGUUCGGCAGCGCCACAUCCAGCGGCAGUCGCACACGCUGAUCGCACAGAAAUCUCUGGAGCAGCAGCUCUACCAGCGUGGCCAGCAGCAGCGACUGCGAGCGGUACUCAGCCGGAAUCAGCAGCAGGAACACAAGCGGCCAAAGCGCAUGAAGCGGGCGGCACAGAGCGGCGCCUACGAUGUGCAGCAGGGCCUCAAGUUGGUGGCGCACAUUGGCGAUUUGCUGCGGAAUGCCACGCUGUAUCUACCCGACGAUGAGGGGGACGGGGUAAAGCUUAAUGAGGUGAAAAAGUCAACGGCGUGCAGCGGCAAUGCAACCGCCAACUGCGACAAUCGACGACGUCGCCAAAGGCUGUUCAAGCCAUCAAAAACAGCGGAGAAGCAGAGGGAAAAACUGAGGGAGAGGCGUCGCAACUUCCGCCAUGAGGCAACAACAACAACAACAACAACAACAACAACAACUACAGUCAAAUCAGCAACAAGAGCCGCAACAUUGAGUGGCAAUUCAACAACUUCCGCAACACCGCUGGCCAGCCGCCUGGUAAAUUCACGUAAAUCAUCAAAUAAAAAUUGCCACCACGGCGUUUCGCUGGGCCGCAGCGAUGAUUCCAUACUUUAUGCAGACAUAAUGACAAAUAUACGCCAGCUAUGGCAGGAGCAAGACGAACUCCUUGGCGCAGCACCACCGCAGUUCAUUGCACCGCAUCAGGUGGCAAACAAUACGGAUUAUCGGGCGCUGGAUGUGUACCUCAAGGACCUCGAUGAGCUCUCCAAGCGACUUCCCACAGUGGCGUCCAUAACUGGUCUGAAUCGUGAGGAGUUGGAGCGUGCCACACCGCCGCCCAGUUGGUAUUUGAUCAAUCAGGAGGGCAAGAUCUAUGAGACGCGACUGAGCAGCGAAACGAAACCCUCAUCGUCGCUCUUUCAUCGCUUUCCGGACAUGCCCAAGGGAGAUGGAAGCUUGGACUCCACUCUGGAUGUGAAGUAG